UGAACAGAAGCAAAAACAACACCGAGCAAGGCGGACGUGUGUGCGCAUAUUGUUGAUAAAUUUUUAGAAUUUCUGUCUAUGAGAGCUAAACGCAGCAACAACAAACGCUUUCGCAACCUAUUCAAAAUAAAUAUAACGAGCAGAAAUAUUCUAAUAAAUACAGCAAAAUAAAUAAAUUGUGUGAAAUUUAUAAAUCGUGCAGAGUUGCCUUGCCCGUAGUAUUAAAAAAAAAGAAACAAACAAAACAAGUGUUGAGUAAUAUACGUAAAACAAAACAACAACGCAAAUAGGAAAAGGAAGAAAAGUAAAAACAGUUAAGAAUAUAAGCAUUAAAUUAUGCAACAUUAAUAACCAAUUCAAGAAGCAGCACAGCAACAUUUUAUGAAAAUCGCGCGCGUUUCAACAGCAGCAGCAGCAACAACAACAAACAGCUGUCAACAAAAUAAAAGAAUUUUGUGUGUGUGUUUUUAUCAACAACAAAGCAAAGCAGCGCGACUUUUUUUCUGUCUUGUUGUUGUUGCCUGUCAAUUUUUGACGUCUCACGUGUGUGUGUGUGUGCGUGUGCCUCUCGCUCUCGCUCUGUGCGUGUGUCUCGCUUCAUUUUGUCUUUAGUGUCAGUGGAAGAGAAAGAAAACGAAUAGUUCGAGUGUCUUGCCGUGUCUUUCAAAAUUGUGUCUCAAGCUUUGCGCAGCGCUUUAUGUUUAUGCCGGCAUUUUAAUGACGUCACGUCAGCCAGCGCAGUAACAACAGCAACAUCGAAAGCAACAGCAACAACUGCAAAGUCAGCAAAACCGCAAGCAAGAAAAAUAAUAUAACGAAAAAAAAGCCCAAAAACGCGUUUCUUCUGCUGUCGCUCUCUCUCUGCCCCGCUGCUUCGCGCUCUUCCCCUCCAGGCUGCUGUCCGCGUGCAAAAGAAGUUACAAAAUUACAACAACAACGCGUAAGUUUUGAGUGCAACAACAAAGAAAAAAAAAACAAAAUCAAACAAACUCAGCCACAACUGCGAAAGGCCAGAAAGAGAGAGAGAAUCGCAUCGCAUCAUCAGCUGCAGCACAAGAUAAUGUAAAAUCAGCGUAUGCUCAAUAAAGAAAAGCUUACACAAAAAAAAAUAAAAAAACACAGCAUAGCAAAAAAGCUGCUAAACUUACAAACAAUAAUCAAGUUAAAGCAUAUUUAUAUAUAAACGUUUGUUCGAAUCAAAAUUAAACUAUACAACUCUUAGCCAAGAUAGGCUUCAAGUACCCCAAGCUAUCAGCCAUCCCCAAGCUUUGUAAACAGAUAAAAAAAAGCAAGUGUAAACGCUACAACAAGAACUCAUACAAAACGCUACCAUCUAUGCUAAAUAUAUAUAUAUAUAUAUGUACGUACACCUUAUAUAUAUAGGUGCUGAUCUGUGCUAAGAGCUGUUUAUCUAAAAACACAAAACAAAAAAAACCCAAACAAAGCCAACGUCAUAAACGUAAAACGCGCAACAUUUCUAGUCGCCAGCCAAGCUAUCUAUAUAGUCUCCCCAGCUAAAAACUAUAUAUUUCUAUAAUAUAUAUAUAUAUCUAUAAUACCUAUAUAUAUAUAUAUUAUAAUAUUGAAGAGUUGCCGCUGCGAUGGCCAACGUUGUUAAUAUGAACAGCCUGCUGAAUGGCAAGGACUCGCGCUGGUUGCAGCUGGAGGUGUGCCGCGAGUUUCAGCGCAACAAAUGCUCGCGCCAGGACACGGAGUGCAAGUUCGCCCAUCCGCCGGCCAAUGUGGAGGUGCAGAACGGCAAGGUUACCGCUUGCUAUGACAGUAUCAAGGCAACGCAACUUUUAGACAUGGAUGACUACAAGGGACGCUGUAAUCGUGAUAAACCGCCGUGCAAAUAUUUUCAUCCACCACAGCAUUUGAAGGAUCAGCUGUUGAUAAACGGACGCAAUCAUCUGGCCCUCAAGAAUGCACUGAUGCAACAAAUGGGCAUCGCGCCCGGCCCGCCGGUCAUAUCGGGCCAAGUGCCAGCCGUGGCUACAAAUCCCUACUUGACUGGCAUACCAGCCAACACAUACAGUCCUUACUAUGCCGGACACUUAGUGCCUACUUUGCUGGGACAUGAUCCGACGGCCGUUGCCUCACAGCUGGGUACGGUGGUGCCACAGACCGUUCAGGUGGCACAACAGAAAAUUCCACGCUCCGACAGAUUAGAGGUCUGUCGCGAAUUCUUGCGCGGCGCCUGCAAACGGGCCGAGUCGGAAUGCCGGUUCGCGCAUCCGCAGGAGAGCGUUGCGCGGCACGACGAUGGUUCCAUAACGGUUUGCAUGGACGCCGUGAAGGGCAGAUGCGCACGUGACCCCUGCCGCUACUUUCAUCCCCCCCUGCACCUACAGGCACAAUUAAAAGCGGCCCAAACACGCGCCACCGCUGUCGCUGCUGCAGCUGCGAGCUCACCUCUUGCGGCACACCAACAACUCAAUCAGCAUCAGCAACAACAACAACAACAACAACAGCAACAGCUGCAGAACCACCUCCACAACAACAACACCAUCCCAACGGCCGGCGGCGUCGCUGCUGGCACAACAACAACACCAACAGCAACAACAACAACAAACAACGCUGCCGCUGCCGCUGCUGCUGCCGCCGCCGCUGCCGCUGCUGUCAUGGGUCAUCACACACUGGAAGUGGGCAAGAAGCGGGCAGCGGAUCCUGAAAUGUUUCCACUGAUGGAUGUUAAAACGGUUGGUUCAUUUUACUAUGAAAACUUCCAAUUCUCUGGCAUGGUACCGUUUAAACGUCCAGCUGCCGAAAAGUCUGGCAUUCCAGUGUAUCAACCCGGUGCGACAGCCUAUCAACAAUUAAUGCAGCCCUACGUGCCAGUGUCAUCAAACACUAAAAUGCCACCUCUAAAUGCUUCCUGUGUUAUCUACACCGAUGCCAGCGGUCAGUUACUGGACACCCUCCCGGUGUGCCAAGAUUUUAAUAGAUCUAUGUGCAGUCGGUUAAAUUGUAGAUUCGUUCAUUUAACUGAAGAUGACAAGGUCGAGGUGAUUGAUCAACGUGUUGCUGUCUGUCGGGAUCAUGCCAAUAGCCAGUGCCGUCGUAAACAGUGUAAAUACUAUCAUAUACCGAUUGUCUUGCCACCGGCCAAUAUAAUGGCCGCCAUGAUCACCAAUCCCAGUGAGCAGCAGGCGGCUGCUGGCAGUGUGGUGGCAACAACAACGGCAGCAGCAGUUGCUGCUGGCUAUAACAACAGCAACAACAAUUUGAUCAUCAUUGAGCCGCAUCAGCAGCAACAGCAGCCGCAGCAGCAGCAACAACAACAGCCGCAGCAGCAAUACAGUUAUCACACCAACAACACCGGCUACUAUCACAGCAACACAAAUAAAGCAGCAGCAGUAACACACCACGCCAGCAACAUGUAUCAGCAACAUCAUCAUCAGCAGCAGCAGCAGCAGCAGCAACUACAACAGCAGCAGCAACAACAGCAUAUUACCUAUCACUGCAGCUCACCGUACUCCCCCUCGUCGGCCUCCUCAUCAUCCUCCUGUUCCAUAGCCACAUCUCCCACACUAUCGUCGGCCACCACGCUGUCCACCACAUCGACGGCAACAAUGCCCACACCGCAGCAACAAUAUGCUGCUGCUGCUGCUGCGGCACCGACAGCGGCAUUUCUCAAGGCGCCCGCCUACUAUACCGAUGCCACGCCCACUCUCGUGCUAAGCAGCGAUUACAAUUCCAACUGUAUACCCAUUCAGGCAGCGCCCUUUAUCUCGCUGCCGCAGCAACAUGUCCUAAAGUACGCGACGCCGCAGCAGCAGCAACAGCAGCAACAUCACAGCCUGAUACACCAUCAGCAACACGCGUAUGUGGGUCAUCAUUAUCCGGUGGUGGCCACCACAGUGGCUGCUCUGCCGGCCACCACAAUCACCGUUACGCCGGCCACAAUAGCCGCGCCCUCAUCCUGCAUCUAAACAAGCACACGCACACAUACACACACACACACGCAUUAACACUAACACACAAUAAAAUAAAUUCGAAUAAAAUUUUGAUGCAAAUUAAAGGUUGAUAUGAACUAUUUACAAGAGCAACAAACAUAAUGGGGAAAAAUAAAUAAUAAAAACUAAAAAAUUAUAAAAUAUAUAUUGAGAAAUCUACAUAACUUUUCGUACGUAUAGCAAGACUUUAACGUAAGCAUCAGAUUUACACACAAUUGACAUACAUAAAGAGAAAACAUUGAGUGACAACUCUACAAUAUUAGAAAACCCACAAAAAAAUAAAAAGAAAUUUAAAAAAAAAAUGUUUAGUGUUGUUAAAUGAGAAACAGAAAAAUUUAGCAAUUAACAUAAUUGAAAUUGAUAACAAACAAAAAAAUAAAAAAAAAUAAAUAAAUAAUUAUACCAAAAUGGGAAAACGCAGUUGCAUUAAAAUUAGUUACAAACUAUUUUAAACUCUAGUGUUCCAUAUUUCAAUGCAAAUACAAGUAAAAAAUAAAUAAAUAUUAUUAUAACAUUUAAAGUAAACAUUUAGUAAGGAGUGUUAAUAGUCGAUAAGCCUAAUGAAAAGUCUACAACAAAUUACAUUGAAAAUAGUCAAAAUUAAUCAAAACGAGUAAACAUUCAUAGGCCAUGGUUAAGCAGCAACAACAAAUACGAGUAUGUAAAAACAAAAACAACAACAACAACAACAAACAACAACAAAAAAAAUUAUAAAAAUAAAAAAAAAUAUAUAAGUACAGUCACGUCCUAUUUUUGCAACAACGAUUUACUACCAAACAAAAACGAAAAUAAGCAGAUGAAAAGCAAGAAAUGCGCAAGGCAAACAAUUUCAAAGGAUUUUUUUAAAAAUACAAAAGAAAACCAUAUUCCUUUUUUUACAUUUUAUAAAACAAACAAGCGAAUCAGCAACUACAGCAAAAACAAAAAAAACAAACGAAAAUCCAAUUAAAAUGUAAUAAACAUAUUUUUUUAUAUACAAAUUACAAUACACAUUACGAAAUCGAAAUCGAAGAAAAAUGCAGAAUGAAGCAGUUGAAGCAUCAAAAACAACACUAAAAUUAUAAUCAAAUCUAAGCAGUAAGCAUUUUUUGCAUAGGUAAAAAAAGCAAAAAUAAAACUUAACAAAAAAACAAAAAAAGGAAAAUUAAGAAACACUGAAAACUAAAUUUUUUAAAAGUGUAUUAUUAAUUUAGCUGAAAUCUCUAGAAAAAUAAUAUAAUAUUAAAGCAAACAUUUCAUAAAACAAACACACACACAAAAUUUAAAAAGAAAAAAACAAAAAAAAAACUAACGUACUGUAUCUUCCUAUAUAAAAUUUGUAAGCGUAAAAGCCAUUCAAGGUAAUAUAAAUAUAUGUAUAUUCAAGAAAAUGGUCUUACAAAUUUUGCAUACUGAUUUUCAUUUACAGUUCGUAAAUUUAAUUUUUCGAGAUAUGUAAUUCAAUCGUAAUACACUACACAACACUAAACAGAACAUAACAAUUACAAUAAUUACAAAAACAACAAAAAGAAAAAGAAGAAAGGAAACCUACUUAUUAUACACAAGAUAUGUAUAUGCAUAUAUUUAUGUAUAUACACGUAUAAUACAAGCGUACAUAAAUAUAUACUUAUAUAUUUACUAAUGGCAACUAAACAUGAAAUGUGAUCUUUUAAAGAAACAAAAAAAAAAUAAUAAGAGAAAUCAAUAAAAAGAAACAUUAACAAAAGGAGAAGGAAGUAAAAUCAAUAUUAAGUGAAUGAGAAUUGACAUCAAUUUAUUUGUAAAACAAGAGAAACUGGAUAAAGGUAAAAACAUUUAAUAUAAAUAUAUAUAUAUUAAAUAGUAGCAAUCAAUAUUAGAAAAGUUUCUGAAAUAUAAAUAUAUGUAAUUUUAAAUCGGUUCCAUUAAUCAAUAAUAAAGAUACAAAUAAAGAGAACAGAAAUUAUCGAUGAGAGCGUCGCAAAUACACAUAAAUAAAAAUAACAAUAAUAAUCAACAUUAGCUAAGAUCGUUCAAAGUUUUAAGCGUAAUACUUAUGCUUUACAUAUACAUAUACAUUUAAGGGCUGAUUAUAAUAUACGGAAAUUUGUUAAUUCUUUUCUUAUUUACAAACAGCAUUUCUUGCGUCGAACCCUAAUUUAUUCUUUAAUCUCCGUAACUGCUGACAUAGCUCUUUAAAAUGUCCACAAUCAUAUUGUAUUAUCUUAUCGAAUACCCUCUUCUAGAACAUAUUCAUACACUAAGCACUCUAUUCUUCAAAUACUCAGCCUAAACACAAAUUAACCAAACGUUUUUAUAGAAAUAAACCCAUAGAAACCUUAAACAACAAAAACAACUCCAACAAAAAUGCCUAAUAAGUUUCCGUCCAUUAUAAGCAGACCUUAAAUCUAUGUGCAACCACGACAACAACAACAACAAGAACAACAAGAAAAUCAACAGCUAGUGGAACGAUAAAGCCAAGUUGUAUACAAGCGAAAGAUUAUAAACUAACACACAGAAAUUAAAUUAAAAAAACAAACAAAAAAUUAAAAAUAAAAUUGAAAAAAAAGAAAAAAAAAGUACUUUACAACAAAAUAAAUGCAUAUUCGUAGGUAUUAAAACACUACACAACACUAAACUCGAAAACAUUUUAAACAGUUACUAACACUUAUAUAAUAAACAAUUGGAGGAAAACAAUAAGCUGCGAAAUGGCAAAAGAAUAUGUUUCGUGUAAAGAUAAACAAAAGAAAACACGUACAUAAAUGUUCUACAAAUAAGAGUUUUAGCUAGUAAGAUUUAAGAGAGGAAAACGUAAAAAACGGAUACUACUACAAUAUGGACAUAGAUUCUGUGUAUCAUAUGAUGUUUACUUAAGCGAUGCCCCGAAAUUUUGUUUACAAGCGAACAGCCCGAAUGUCGUGAAUCGUGAGUUGCGUGUAAUUGUAUGGCACGCGUGUAGAAUACGAGAAUCUCUCGAUCGUGUAAACUAGAAACGAAACUUUUAUUUGCCUUAAAGUUUUAUCAAGCGAAUGUCAUGAUGAUAUCAUGCGUAGAUCAUGUGCAUUGAUUGAAUAAUACUUCACAUAUAUAUUGAAUAUUUUUAAUUCAAACUAUUUUUUAAUUUGUUUGACUAAACAUACACACACACAUACAUGACAUACAGCAGCACACACUUAACACUUAUGUAAUACAUGACGCUUGUAUAUGGCGCAUUCGAAAAAAAAAUGAAAAUAUUACAUUUAUAAUUAUAUAUCUAUAAUUAUAAUAGCGGAACCAUAAUAAUUAAAUGUAAUAAUAUAUGGUGUAGUCUUUUUCAGCAUAAGUCAUAGUUAUUAUUGUUAAUUUUAGUUUAUAUUUACACACAUAUACAUAAUAUACAUACAUAUAUAUAUAUACAUAUAUAUAGAUUAUUAUGAUUAUUAAUUGUGAAUAUGAUGUGAUGUGUUUAUUGAAAAGUAAAGAACAAAAAAUGAAUCAAUGUUGCAACGUAAAGAAACAAACAAUUUAUUGUAAUACAAAAACAAACCCAAGAAUAAAAACAAAAAAAGAACAACAAAAAGCGGGCAAACAAAAAAAAAAUAAAAAAAGGAUAUGAAAGAUAACUAAAAAGUAACUAGGUGUGAACAACUUAAGCGUGCGUAUAAAAAUUAAUUUUUAAUUCUAAUUUAAUUAAAUGUAAUACCACAUUGCAUACACAUACUUAUAUAGUAUCCAUACUCGUGUGUAUGUGUAUAUGUUAACUGUAAGUAGUCUUUCAUUUUUGUCAGGUGAUAUCAACGAAUUUUAAAUUGUUUUCAAUGGGCUUGGCGUGUUCUUCACAUCGCCGCCCCCAGAACUAUUGUUUUAACUCUUAAGUUUGCAAAGUGUUCUACAAUAUAGGUUUUUAUGUUUUAUGUACUUCAUUUUAUUAUGAUUAUUAACAUUAUUAUUAUUAUUAUUUUAUGUUUUUGUGAUAUUCAUAAAAGUUGUUUGUUGUUAAUCUUAGAUUUUUCACUCAUUUGUUUUGUGUGUUCAAAUAUUGUAUAUUUUUGUAGUUUGUUUUUCAUUUUAACAUAAAUGCAAACGUACUAAACGUGUGUAUUAUUUUGUAUUUAACAUAUAAACUUAUUAUUAUAUACAUUAAUUAAUGAACUAGUAUAUACAAUUACCUAUACAUAUAUACAAAACAAUGAUGAAUUGAAAUAAUAGUUCUUAAGCUGCAGUCAUGCAAUGAGCGAAUUGGGCAAAUCUAACGAAAUCAUGAAUUGACACUGUGUAAACGAGCCCAUUAAACGAAAUGGAAGCUCGUGCGAAUAGAGAUAAAGAACCCGUUUGGCAACGAUUAUAACGAUGAUAAAGAGAAUGAUGAUAAGAAAUGAUGAUGAUAAUUAUACUCCUAAAAACGAACAUUUUUUAAAAAUAUUUAAUAAACAAAUCAUUAUUAACUAUUAUUAUAUUUAUUAUUAUAAAGCAAAUUUAGUUAUUAUAUACAUGUAAAGAACAAGAUGAGCAAAAAUGAUAAAUAAAGGGAUGCACAGCAAA